GGGGGCGGGAGCAAGAGGCGGCCCCUCGGCCCCCGUCCGGGCGGGUGGCGUCCACGGGGGGCAGCAGCGCCGCCAGCAAGCGCUCCGCCGCCGCCAUGGGCUACACGCGCGACCGCUUCGCGCUCCGGAUGGCGCCCGCGGGAGGCCGCCGCGCCCCCGCCAUCCACCGGGGCUACUAUGUCCGGGCCCAGGCAGUGGAACACUGUGUCCGGGCAUUCCUGCUCAGCACUCAGGGCUGCCCUCUGAGGCAGAUCAUCUCCUUGGGCGCAGGCUUUGACUCCCUCUUCUUCUUCCUCAAGAGCGAGGGGCUUCUGUGCCACACAGUGGUCUUUGAGGUUGAUUUUCCAGAUGUGGCACGCCCUAAAGCAGCCCUCAUCAGAGGAACGGAGGAACUGAUCACCCUGGUGGGGAACGACGCUUCUGCACAGGCUCUGGGAGCGACUGCUUUUUCCGGAGAGGAUUACAGGCUGUUGGGAGUGGACCUCUCUGAGCUGCCGAGGCUGGAAGAAGCUUUGCACAGGGCAGGACUGGACCCCAAAGUCCCCACAAUGCUCCUGGCUGAAGUGGUGCUCACCUACAUGGCGGUGGAGAGGUCAGAUGCCCUGGUCCAGUGGGCCGCUGGACACUUCUUGCAUGCCUGGUUCAUCCUGUAUGAACAGAUCCACCCCGAAGACCCCUUUGGGCGCGUCAUGCAGAAUCACUUCAGCCGGCUCAACUCCCACCUUCGUUCCUUGGCCCAGUACCCCAACUGUAAGGCCCAGCGGACCCGAUUCCUUCAGAGGGGCUGGACGCAAUGCAGCAUCGUCAACAUGAAUGAGUUCUACAGCCACAUUGUCCUUGGAGAGGAACGGCAGAGGAUCCAAGCCCUGGAGCCUUUUGAUGAGUUUGAGGAAUGGCACCUGAAGUGCUCCCACUAUUUCAUCCUUGUGGCCUCCAAAGGAGAGACGCCAGCUCCAAAUCUUCUCUUUCCUGGCCUGGAAGCCUCCCUGACUCACUCUCUGCCAUGUUUUGCUGGGACUCUUGCUGCAUCUGCUUGUGCCCCUGUCUCUGGGCUGAGGCGCUAUGGCCACCGCUCUGUGAUCAUUGCCCCCGACGUGAUCCUGACCACUGGAGGUUUUGGGGACCACGGGGGACGUCACUGCCGCCUGACAGAGCUGCAUGCCUUGAUCAAGCAGAAGGAUGGCUGGCAAGGGAGCAGGGUGACCUUGGCCGAGCCAGGAGAAGCCUGGGGUGAGGCGUACCUGUUUGUCUACGGGGGCUGUUGCUCCAGGCAGGCUGUGCUGGCGGAUUGGUGCUUCCUGCGCCUGAAGGAGGAGGGGGAGCUCUCUUGCCAGCAGAUCCCUGUGGAUGGACCUGUCCCAGCUGGCCGCCACUCCCACAGCGCCUGUGGCUGGGCAGGUGGGGUGCUCAUUGCGGGGGGCCUGGACGCAGCAGAGCAGCCUCUGGGCACCAUCCUCUUUCUGAGGCCAGCUGGGAAAGGCUUUCAGUGGCACUCAGUGGAGACCCACCCGCCAGUCACUCCCAGGUACUCACACACAGCCCAUGUGCAUCGGGGGCGGCUGUUGCUGGUGGGCGGCGUCUGGUUCCAUGCCCCGGCCGUGCCUGGCGUCACUGUGAUAGAUCUGGCAACGGGACUCACGGCAGAGUAUUGCAUUGACACGGCAUCUCUGGAGUGGCCUCUGAUGUUGCACAACCACAGCAGCGUCUUCCUGCCAGAUGAAGAGGAGCUGCUGCUUCUUGGCGGUGGCGGCAACUGCUUCUCCUUUGGGACACAUCUGAACUGCCAUCCUGUCCGCCUGGCCCUGGCUAGUAUGUGGAGUGAGCCGUGAAGCCCUGAGGGGGCCUGAAGAGGAUGUGGUCAACAGAAGGGGAAGAGGUUGCCCUGCCCUGGCUUGGUGAGGGCGAAGUGUGGGGGGGUCGGGGCAGGGCAAUGCCCACCCACCCUCCGCACCCGGCUCUUGGCUCUUUCUGCCCCAGGGAAGUUGAUGAGCCUCUUGGCCAGGAGAGGUCAAAUGAUGGUGGGAGGGAGGGAAGCAGGGCCAAUGGAGGUUUGGGGCAGCUGUCCUGUGUUCCCAACCAGAGGAAAGGGGCUUCUUAGAUUGGGGAAGAAUCGAUGAAUGAAGGCCAAGGAAUAAAUAAAAUCUGCUCUCCCCAGGGAGGCUCGCUUGACCCUUCCCUACACAGCUUUAGGUGCCAUGUGAAAACAUUCCUCUAAGGCCUUUUAAACUGGGGGUGGGUGGGUACUGUUCCAUUUGUUAUGCAUUUUUAUACUGUAAACUACUCUGUGAUCUUUGUAUGAUGCGUGGUAUAGGAAUUUAAUAAAGAAAUAAUGAAUAAA